AUGGGGCUGCAGCCCUUGGAGUUCAGCGAUUGCUACCUGGAUAGCCCCUGGUUCAGGGAGAGGAUCAGAGCCCAUGAGGCGGAACUGGAAAAAACCAACAAGUUCAUCAAGGAGCUGCUCAAGGAUGGAAAGAACCUCAUCGCUGCAACCAAAAACCUUUCGGCAGCCCAAAGAAAGUUUGCCCACUCUCUGAGGGAUUUUAAAUUUGAAUUCAUUGGCGAUGCAGAGACGGAUGAUGAAAGAUGUAUAGAUGCAUCCCUGCGUGAGUUUUCAAAUUUCUUAAAAAAUCUGGAAGAGCAAAGAGAAAUCUUGGCACUGAGUGUUACCGAAACGCUGAUCAAACCUUUGGAAAAAUUUAGGAAGGAGCAGCUAGGAGCUGUAAAGGAGGAAAAGAAGAAGUUUGAUAAAGAGACAGAGAAAAACUACAGCUUUUUAGAGAAGCAUUUAAAUUUAUCAGCUAGGAAGAAAGAGCCACAGCUACUAGAGGCAGAUUACCAAGUGGAGCAAAAUAGAAAGCACUUUUAUGAGCUGUCACUUGAAUAUGUGUGCAAGCUGCAGGAGAUACAGGAACGGAAGAAAUUUGAGUGUGUGGAACCUGUGCUGUCAUUUUUUCAGGGUAUAUUCACUUUCUAUCAUCAGGGCUAUGAACUCGCCAAAGACUUCAAUCACUACAAAAUGGCUCUGCAGAUCAAUAUCCAGAAUACAAGAAAUCGUUUUGAAGGAACAAGAUCGGAGGUGGAGGAGCUCAUGAACAAAAUCAGGCGGAAUCCUCAGGAACAUAAAAGAGCAAACCAGUUUACAAUAGAAGGCUACCUUUAUGUGCAGGAAAAAAGGCCUGCCCCAUUUGGCUCCAGUUGGGUAAAACAUUACUGCAUGUAUAGGAAGGAGACAAAGAAGUUCACCAUGAUCCCAUUUGAACACAGGUCAGGAGGGAAAAUUGGUGAUGGGGACGUUUUCCUCCUUACAUGCUGUACCAAAAGAAAUGUGGAUACUAUAGACAGACGUUUCUGUUUUGACAUAGAAGCUGCAGACAGAUCUGUUACUCCUGUGACCAUGCAGGCAUUUUCUGAGGAGGACAGGAAGCUGUGGAUGGAAGUCUUGGAUGGAAAAGAAACUCUGUUCAUCAAUUUGUAUAGAGCCAACACAAGACGGGAGGGAAGUGCACAGUUGGAUAAGAUAGGGUUCACAAUUCUGAGAAAAUGCAUCAGUGCCGUUGAAACACGAGGUAUAAAUGACCAAGGAUUAUACAGAGUUGUGGGGGUGAGUUCAAAGGUCCAGAGACUUCUGAGUUUGCUAAUCGAUGCAAAAACCUGCAGUGAAAUUGAUCUGGAAAACUCUGUAGAUUGGGAAGUGAAGACGAUUACUAGUGCUAUGAAGCAGUACCUGAGAAGUCUUCCAGAGCCCCUAAUGACGUAUGAGUUGCACAGAGAGUUCAUCAUUCCUGCCAAAAGUGGCAGCCCUGAGUCCAGAGUUAACGCUAUCCACUUCUUGGUUCAUAAACUUCCAGAGAAGAACAGAGAGAUGCUGGACAUGUUGGUGAAACAUUUAGCAAACGUUGCAGACCAUGCCAAGAAAAAUCUAAUGACUGUAGCAAAUUUAGGAGUAGUAUUUGGACCAACCUUAAUGAGGCCACAGGAAGAAACUGUGGCAGCUAUCAUGGACCUAAAGUUUCAGAAUAUCGUGGUGGAAAUCCUUAUAGAAAACCAUGAGAAGAUUUUCAAAACCCUGCCUGAUGCCACUUUCCCUGAGCCAAUCUCUAUGUCAAUAUCUCCUCCAAAUGUCCCACCAAGGCAAUCGAGAAGACAAGGGCAGCGUAAUAAGCGGCCUCUGGCUGUAUAUAAUCUCUGUCUUGAGCUUGAUGAUGUUGACAACCACAGCCCUCCCAGGGAGGACACUCCUACUGGCAGUAUGGAUUCUCUUUCUUCUCAUUCUCCUACACCUGCAGUCUCCAGUAGCCCCCCUGAGCCAGACAAAAAUCACCUUAUUCUGGAGAGUGGAGACCUAGUGGACUGGGCAGCCAAUCACCCCAGUCAGAUUCGUUCAUCGAUGGUCUCAUGGUUGAAUACACAGUCCACCACAACACCUACCUCAACUACCAGAACCCCAGCACCGUCAUCUUUCCCCUUCCCCACCUCUGCCACAGGGAGUGACAGACCAGCUGAAAGUGUUCUCAACAGAAGAGCAAGAGCAGUGUACCCUUGUGAGGCAGAACAUAGCUCUGAAUUAUCUUUUCAAAUAGGAGCAGUUUUUGAAGAUGUGCAACUUUCCAGAGAACCAGGAUGGCUUGAAGGAACUCUAAAUGGCAGGAGAGGACUUAUUCCACAAAACUAUGUUCAGUUUCUUUAG